AUCCAUCAUAAGAAGCAUCAGAUACCAUAUUGCCGAUCGGCAACCCGCCCAACAAUCCGCCCGCCAGCCCUAGUCCUAAGCCGGCUCUAUUCCCAUGUUUCUUAGCUGGCUGUUGGCCCGGCAUGUACCCAUACCCACCAUGAGGCGGGUGCCCGGUAUACCCGUAACCCUGUGCAGGAGGAGGUGGAUACCCACCGUACCGGUGUGGUGGCGGCGGUGGUGGUGGGUACGCAUCUUGUGGCGGAUCAUGAUAUGGAUCAUCGAGAUAAUGAGUGACAGAAUUGGAAAAGCAAUAAAGGUGGUUGUGAAAGGAGCAAAUGAUGAAACGGCCAUUUUGACAGUAAUUCCAGAGGAAGCCAAUCCAGAUAUGUGAGAUACUACAGUUCUGUUGUUUCAGGUUUUCUGUUGUUGUGUAUCAUAUCUAUUGCUUAUAUUAUAUUUCCAUAUUUCUGAAUCUUUGAUUUUUCAGAUCUACAUAAAUGAUGAAUAAAACUCUCCAAAAAGAACCAUUGUAAAUUAUAAACCAAACAAAACCAG